AUGGCGUCCUUCAUUGCAUUUGUAUUGGAAAUAGUUAUUCUUUGGGCUUCUUUCAUCCCUGCAACCAUAGCAGUGGCAUCUGCAUCAUCAUCAUCACCUGAAACCAAGGCUCUGCUCAACUGGAAAGCCAGUGGCACCGGCUUUCCUGGUUCCUGGGAUUCAUUUGAUCCAAGUCCAUGUAAGUGGACAGGAAUAGCUUGCAACGCAGCUGGAAGAGUAACAAAGAUAGAACUAUCUUAUUUCUUCAUACAUGCUGAGCUCAACAAAUUGAAUUUCUCAUCUUUCCAAUUUCUAGAGCGAGUCAAUCUCAGUAGAAAUUUCAGAAUUUAUGGAAUCAUCCCAGAUGACAUAGGUAAGUUGAAAAACCUCAACACACUCUCCCUCUCUCACAAUAGUAUCAAUGGCUCAAUACCAAGAGAGAUAGGAAAUCUCAAAAAUCUCAAUCAGCUGUUCUUAGGAAGUAACAAUCUUUCAGGUUCAAUACCUGCAACAAUUGGGAAUCUUAAGAAUCUUUCACAAUUGGACCUGAGUAACAAUAUGUUUAUUGGUUCAAUUCCUAGCGAAAUCGGAGAAAUGAAACAGCUAGUGCUACUUAAUCUUAGUCACAACAAGCUAAAUGGUUCAAUCCCUGCACAGAUGGGGAAACAUAAUUUUCAUUACCUCGAUUUGGACUUGUCCUACAAUAAUUUGAAGGGUCGUGUUGCAGAUGAAAUAGCCAAGAAAACUCCAACGCAAGCAUGGAAGAAUAACAAAGGUUUGCAUAGUUAUCGUAGGGAUUUCCCAAGUAAAAACACAGACAAAAUUGGUGUGAAAGGGUUUGAAAUCAAGAUUUUCAUUGUUUCAUAUCUUUCUACCAUCAUAGUUGUGGCCUUUGUAAUUGUUGGUGUCUCGUUUCUAUUGCGGCAAAAGUCGAUAAAUCGCAUCAAUGAAACAAGACCACAAAAAAAUGGAGAUAUAUUUUCCAUAUGGAACUACGAUGGGACGAUUGCAUAUAGUGACAUCAUGAAAGCAACAGAAGAAUUUGAUAUCAAAUAUUGUAUUGGCACUGGAGGUUAUGGAAGUGUUUACAUAGCAAAACUACCUACAGGGAGAGUAGUAGCUGUGAAAAAGCUUCAUCGCUUUGAAUCUGAUGAGAGAACUUAUGAGAAAAGCUUCACUAAUGAGAUACAUGUAUUAACAAGAAUUCGACAUCGGAAUAUUGUGAAACUUUAUGGGUUUUGCUCCCAUUCAAGCUGCAAAUUUCUAGUUUAUGAAUACAUAGAAAGGGGAAGCUUAACUUACACUCUUGGAAAUGAAGCAAAAGCUGUGGAACUGGAUUGGAGCAAACGUUUAAAUGUCAUCAAAGGGGUUGCACAAGCUUUGUCUUAUCUGCAUCAUGAUAUCACGCCACCAUUAAUUCAUCGAGACAUAUCGAGCAAUAAUGUUUUGUUGGAUGUAGAUCUCGAGCCUCAUCUUUCUGACUUUGGAACGGCUAAAUUUCUAAAUCCAGAUUCAUCCAAUUGCACUGUACUUGCAGGCACAUAUGGAUAUAUUGCUCCAGAACUUGCAUAUACAAUGGUUGUGACAGAAAAAUGUGAUGUUUAUGGUUUUGGAGUAUUGGUACUAGAGACAAUUAUGGGAAGACAUCCUGGUGAACUCGUCUCUUCAUUGUCAUUGCCAAAUGCAAAAGAUCUAAUACUAAAUGAUGUGUUAGACUCACGUCUCCCACCACCAACACAAUUGGUAGCACAAGAUCUGUCUUUCUCAAUGAUGCUUGCAAUUGCAUGCUUGCAUACCAAUCCAAGAUCCCGUCCAACUAUGCAAUAUGUAUCUCAAGAACUAGGAAAUCCUACAAAUUCUUAUCGCAACCCUUUAGUAUAA